AGGACAAAGACGUCCAAUGUUCGAAUAGCAAUUAAGCUCCUGCUCCCCCUAUCUUUAUUUUCCUAGGUCACGGAGCGCAGGCUCAAAAGCCAAAAUAAUUCGUUUUAAGUGGUGGCCAGCCGUUGGGAGCCGGCGGGGUCCUGAGAUUUCGAACUAGGGCGUGAGCCAAUCAGAGAGGAGGAACUACAGGCGGGGAGUUCGAGUUGUUGUGUGGCGGAAGCUGUCGAUGGAGACGUUGCCGGGUCGGAGGAUGGCGGCUGAGCGGUGAAGGCGACUGCGGGAAUGGCGACUGCGGGGGACCGCAGGAGAGGCCUGGCCCAACUGGCGGUACAGCAGCAACUCCGAGCCGCCUACGGGAUCAAGGUCAAGAGUCGCGCAGCGAGGGGGAAGCUGACGACAGCGGCGGCUGCUGGGGCCGAAGGGGGUAAAGUCUUUGGAAUAGCUCUUCUUGAAUUACCUCAACAAGUGGUCCCUGAAUAUGGAAGUAUACCUUGCUUUUUAGUUGAAGCUUGCAAAUACUUAGAAGAACACAUUCACACGGAAGGACUCUUCAGAAAAUCUGGAUCGUUCGUUCGUUUAAAAGCAUUGAAGAAUAAACUUGAUCAAGGUGAAAACUGCGUGUCUACUGCCCAGCCCUGUGAUGUUGCCGGACUACUCAAGCAGUUCUUUAGAGAAUUGCCUGAGCCCAUCCUCCCAGGUGAUCUCCAGGAAGCUCUCAUCAAGGCUCAACAACUAGGCAACGAGGAGAAGAAUUCUGCCACUCUGCUGCUGUCUUGCCUUGUGAAUGACAGAACAGUUAAUAUUCUGAGAUAUUUUUUCAGUUUUCUCAAAAAAGUUUCUCGGAGAUCCACCGAGAACAAAAUGGACAGCAGUAACUUGGCAGUAAUUUUUGCUCCAAAUCUCCUGCAAUCCUGUGAUGCUGACAAAAUGUCGGCUCACACAGACAGAAAACUUCGAUUGCAAGCAGCAGUCGUGCAGACGCUUAUUGAUCGUGCAGAAGAAAUAGGACUCAUACCAAAGUUUAUCCUAGAAAAGACACCUGCUAUAUUUGACAUUGAUGAUUCUGUCUCUACUCCUUCACUGAAAAAUUAUGAAGAAAGUGAAGGUGAAACUCCUGGGGAACCCAAGAGAAGGAGAAGGCAGAGCAUCGGAGAUAUUGUUAGUGGGGCUCUGAAUAAACUUAAAUCUAAUAGAACACCCUGUGUCACACCUCAAGGAGACGGCAGUGUAUUUUCAUCAGUGACCCCAGUGAUUGUUACUCCAAGUAUAAAGCGUAAAUGCCCCGCUGAUUCCUGUCAAGGUUUCUCUAGCAAGAAAAGGCGAUCUCUCAGGCAUAACCUGGCUCUUGAAUUGCUACCAAGUAGCCUUUUUAGCAUUAGCUCAACACCUGCAUCAGCUCAGUUUGAAGCGAGUCCUCUUGAGGCAUCUCAGAGUUCACUGCCUACCUCAGUCACUAGUGACAAACACUUGCCUAGUAUAGGAAGUCGAAGAAGCAAAAGGAUUGCCGGCAAAAAAGUUCACAGGGUUGAGUCUGGGAAAACGGGUUGCUUUUCUCCUAAGAUUAGCCGGAAAGAAAUUGUGCGCCGGUCAUUGCGAUUAAAGUUCAGUUUGGGAAAGAACAGCAGAGAGACAACUGCAGCACAGCACACAGUUAGCAGAUCCGAAAAUAUUGGUCGUCGACUUGCAAAUCAACAAGACACAGAAAGUGGAGCAGACUUUCUAAAGACAGUUGUGUUAUUGAGCCCAUAUGCUGGUGAUUGUGUAACAAAGAAAGGUUCUAAAAGCAUCAGCAAGUCAGAGGAGAACUUGCUGGUUCCAAAUCGUCAUGAUGAAGCAAGCUACAGAAUGUCCUGGACUGGCCUCAGUACCAAUGGACCUCAGGAAACCAGUAGAAGUGGUGCUACUUUGCUCCUCAAAGAAGAAACCUGUUCUUCAGAGCCUGCUCUUACUGCUAGAAAAUGUUCAGCCCUUACUGCUGUACUGAGGCCCACCAAAGCAAGUAUACAACAGGACAGCAAUAAACAACAGACUUCCUUCUGUGAGGAAGAAACCAAUAUGACUACAGACACUUUAUUAAAAAUAAAAAAAGCAUUUUCCGAAUCUGGAAGUAACCUUCAUAAAUUAUGUGAAACAGAACCUUCAAAAUUAAAUUUGACACAAGAAACUGGAUCUGUUUCAGAAAGUGGUGAGAGGCAGUGCUUAAAAGUUCAAGAAAUUGUAAGGCUGGAAAAGGGGAGUCAGUUUGCUAGCUCUACUAAUGAAUUUAGUUCAACUAAACCUCUGUCAAGUAUGGAUGAAAUAAAUGCUGCAGAGAAGCCCUCCUGCAAAAAUACUACAUUGCCUGAUCAUUCAGUCCACAAGUUAAGCAAAAGUGAUGUGUCAGUACAAGACCAACUAACUGAGCUGGUCUCUCCAGGUGGCCAUUUGAAUAAAAUACCCACUCUGCAAAAAGAAAUUCUAGAAUCAAAUUGGCAAUUCACCCCAGAAGGUGUUGAUGAAGAUAGCACAUUAAAAUUCUACAAUUCGGAGAAAAAGACUGAGGAACUCCUUGAAAAAAAAGGAGAGCUGCUUCUGUCACAGUUGCCAGAAGAUGAGAACAGCAAACAGCACCUGCAUAUGGAGACUUCUGAAAAAUCUAAAUCUUCACCUUCAGGAAAAGUUGCUGAUCAUAUACAUUGGUUCAACAAACUGUCAUUGAAUGAACCCUGCUCUGCAACCAAAAUCAAACCACCUCUGAAGUUUCAACGUACUCCCGUCCGGCAGUCUGUAAGGAGGAUGAACUCCCUGUUGGAGGCUAACAAGCAGGCAGCGACUUGCAAAUUAAUGAAAUCUGGUGAUGGCUAUCCUCUUGUUAAGUCGGUGAGUUUUGAAACUGCACUAUCUUCCUGCACAGAAAUUAUUUCCAGUACAUCUACAACUUCACUGCCGUCUGAAACAAUGAACAAGCAACUAUGUUCAUGUGAUCACUUGGCUUCAUCUUCCAAAUCUUACCUGCAAGUAACAGAUCCAACAGAGCAAGCUAAAAAACUUGAUAAAACCUGCAAAGAGAAAUCGAUUGCUAAUAACCAAUUCAAAUCUGUCCUUGAGGACCUCACAAAUCAUGAAGCACCAAAACCAGUUGUGAAAGCAAACACAAAUGUGAAUGUUUCAGUUGCUACACCUGAUAAAUGUGUUUUUAGAAAGACUGUGGCAGAAAAAAAGCUUCGCUAUAGAGGGUCUCCAAAGAACCCAAUGUCUACAACUCAGCUUCUUCCAGUUAUUAAGCCUCUUGACUUGUAGGUUUUACAGUCAAUCCUAAACCUGCUUAUUCAGAUGUCCUUUCAUUUUGGUGAGCUCUUGGAUCAAGGUACACAUGUUAAGAACUGCAGCCAAAGUCUGUUAAAUUGUUAUUUCAGUUUCUUUUUAGAAAAAAUUAAUGGUUUAGUUCUCCUUAAAUGUAUCUGUGUCUUGAAUGUUCAGCAAAUAUCAGUUGUGACUGCAGCUGAAACUAGUAAAUUCUGUUAAGAUAAAGGGUAGCUUUACUGCUGUGGCUUGUGAUAGGUUCAGUUCUGAUUUUGUAUUUUGACUGAAAUUUAUGGGGAAUAUUGGCUAGUGCUGCUGACUACGGUAGUUUCUGAAAUUUCAGUUAUUAAGGAAUGAGUCUGUCUCCUACAGAAGUGUUAGUUAAAAUUCUGCAGCCCUUCUUAGCAAAGUAUAGACCUUAUAUUUGGGAAGCCUGUUUUCACAGCUGAGAAUUUUGCAGCAUAGCCAGCUUCUGCAACAUUUGAGCAUCUCUGAAGCAGCAGUCAUGCUCCAGUUCCUCUGGGCCACAGCAAUGAUGUGGGGAACGAGGAGCUUGUGAACUUCUUGAAGUUCAUUUUUGUUGACUAAAGUAAUCACCCACUCAGUAAUGUGUUAGAAGCAGUUAAGACUUUUUUUUUAGGUACACAGCUAUCUAAUUUUAUGUACACUGGGACUUCUAGCACGAUAAAAUAGUCUGCAGCUGGAAGUGCAUGGUUUUCUGUACUGCGUAAUUGGGGAGAUGGGCUAGAAUAACCUGCAAGUCUUAAUUUUUAUAGAGAAAUACAGCCUAUUGUAUAAUUCUAAAAUAUGCUGAUUAUGUCACUGAAAUAAAACAAAACUGUAAUAAGCCAUACUGUUCAUUUGCACAAAGGGAUACUUACAGUGGUCUGUUAUUUUAUUGAAAAUGCUCAUCUGUUAUAUGUGGUCCAGUGUAAAAAUUAUUUAAACUUGAAACUGUAUACUUUGAUCUGCAAUAGGAGUGCUAAACACUGUCCUUCAAAUAAAAAAGUUUUUAACUUUU